AUGGAUGAUUCUCCUGGUCUGACGGCCGAACAGGCCACUUUUUUCAACGAUAAUGGCUUCCUAGUGAUCCCCAACUUCCUGUCCAAAGAACAGGUCAACUCGCUGCUUGAUACAACAAACGACCUCCUAGACAAUUUCGACAUCACCACCCAUCCUCUCACCCGCUUUACUACGGGAGAUGACCCCUUGUCGAAAUCUCAGCAUGUCGGCGAUGACUACUUCCUUACGUCCAACGACAAGAUCCGGUUUUUCUUCGAACCCGGAGCGUUUAGUCCCGAUGACCCCUCCAAACUCCUACGACCCAAAAACCGCUCGAUAAACAAGAUAGGACACUCGAUACAUUCUCUGUCCAAACCUUUCUCAGAUACAACUCAUACAGGGCCAGUGGGAGCUCAAAAUGCAGCAAUAGCAAGGGCUUUGGGCUUUCGUGAUCCUCGCGUGCUCCAGAGCAUGGUGAUUUGCAAGCAGCCUGGUAUUGGCGCUCCAGUACCCAUGCACAAGGAUUCGGAGUUCUUAUAUACAGACCCGCCAUCUGCUGUUGGAUGGUGGAUUGCGCUGCAAGAUGCUAAUGUGGAAAAUGGGACUCUUGGGUUUUGGAAGGGCAGUCAUAAGACGGGUAGGGUUAGAAGGAGAUUCGUAAGGGCGAAGGCGGACUCUGAACAUGCUGGAGGUACCGAGUUUGUUGAAUGGGAUGGACCGAACCUGCCUACUUCUAUUGACGAGGAGAGCAAGGGAAAGGAAGAUUACGCACCUGACGAGAAGGAUUAUGAACUUGUGGAGAUCAAGGCUGGAUCUCUGGCGUUGAUUCACGGGAAUGUUCUGCAUAAGAGCGAGAAUAAUCCAAGUGACAAGUCGAGGUUUGCGUAUGCCUUCCACGUCAUUGAGGGGGCUGAAGGGUGGAAGUACGAUGAGCGGAAUUGGCUCCAGCCCCCAGAGGGAGGGUUUACAAGGUUAUUUGGGAACAAUUGA